GAAGUUAGUUCCCGUCCAUGGCUUCCCGUAGAUUUGACGAUAUUGGAUGCUCGUUAAACAGGUCGCUUUCUCUCGCGCUCUGAGAAAUGGGUUCUUUGUUAGUGCCGUCCCUGUUUCGAUCGAACCAUUGUCUCUUUGUUUUUGGGUUGGUUCCAUCGAUAUAGCUAGAAAGUCCUUUGUAGCUGUCCUGUGUGGGCGCCGUCCCCUAAAAGCCAAGACCAAGUUUCUCUGAAAGACUAUUGUUCAUCGAUUUUUCCGCAUUCGAAAAGUCUAAUUCCUAUACCCACAUCGCAUAUAUUUCCAAUCCACCAUCAAAUUUUGGCCAGCCGUCCUGCCCGGAAAGAACCCCUCUCUCUCUCUCUCUCUCUCUCUGCCGCUGAUAUGUAGAUUUGGCUUAAUAAAUUUCUCUUAAUUGGGUUCUUUAAUCAACUAGCUAGCUGGAGAUUCAACCCAUCAUCUUGGGCUUCACAGUUCCCCCUUCUCUUCUUGUCGUCGGAGCCGAUUCUUUAUGUGGAGGAAGCGGCCGCCGCCGGGGAAUCUACUGUAAGCGCGCAGCUCGAUCGUACCGGUUUCCAUGUAGGCCGCCGCCGGCCCACUCAUCCGCUCAUGCUUCAGAUUCCAUUUCCCCUCCUCCUUCCUCCUGUCUACAAAUCCACAGGCACAGCUACUGCAGUUUUAAUUUUUCCAGGCAGAGAUUUGUAUUCUUUUGGAUCGAAGUAAAUGAAGACGAGUCGUUCAUGGUGGAUGGGUACGAGGGAUUACCUGAUAACGCCUGCCACCUCAAGACAGAGAGCUCAUGUGAAGCGGACGCCAAGGUGGAUUCUGCUGUUCGUCUCUCUCGCCGCCAUCUUCCUCGUCAGUGCUUACUACCUCUACCAGCCCAGAACCACGGUCUCCGCCGCCCCUUGCUCCGUCUUCGAUCAGGGCGGGUGCACCACCACUUACGACGGAGACCGAGUCGUUCCGGCGAAAGUGUUCACCGACGAGGAGACCUCCGCUCACGUCGUGAUCCGCGAGAUCCUCAACACGCCCCCUCCGCUCUCCAGGUCCCCGAAGGUCGCAUUCAUGUUCUUGACGCCUUCCUCGCUCCCUUUCGAGAUGCUCUGGGAGAGAUUCUUUCAGGGUCACGAAGACAAGUUCACCGUUUACAUACAUUCCUCCAGAGACAAACCGAUUCAUAGCAGUCGUUACUUCGUGGGCAGAGAAAUCCGCAGUGAAAAGGUGGAGUGGGGGAGAAUCUCCAUGGUUGAUGCAGAGAGGAGGCUACUAGCACAUGCACUUCUGGAUCCAGAUAACCAUCAGUUUGUCUUGCUCUCUGAGAGCUGCGUACCACUCCGUACCUUCAACUAUGUGUAUCACCAUCUGAUGUUCACUAAUGUCAGCUAUAUCGAUAGCUAUGUGGAUCCCGGUCCGCAUGGCAGUGGCAGAUACUCAAACCGCAUGAUGCCAGAGGUUCGAUACUCCGAUUUCCGAAAGGGUGCUCAGUGGUUCUCCAUGAAGCGACAACAUGCUAUCAUAGUCAUGGCCGAUAGCUUGUACUACAAGAAAUUCAAGCUCUACUGCAGACCGAAUAUGGAUGGGAAGAACUGCUACUCUGAUGAGCAUUACCUGCAAACAUUUUUCACUAUGAUUGAUCCUGAAGGGAUUGCAAAGUGGUCGGUUACACAUGUCGACUGGUCCGAGGGGAAGUGGCAUCCAAGAUCUUACAGAGCUUCGGACAUUACGUAUGAGCUCCUCAAGAACCUAACGGUAUUAUCCACACCCUUAUUGUGAUUAGUGUGACUAGUCUCUCUUAAUUACGCUAGCAUGCUGUUGAUCAUGGGGCGAUCAGUAGGUUUUUACAUUGUUGGAUUGAUCUUGGCGCGUUUUUAGUCGUUAAAUUAGUAUAUAAUCGCGGUGUAUUCUCAACGUACGAAAUGCACAAGAUGACGAUCCAAUAAUGUUAGCACAAGCUGAUAGCCCACAUGAUAGGCAGAUUUUCAUAUGAUCUAGUUGUGAAAUAACUUUAUUUACUUCUCCUGUUGUUGCUUACAGACCAUUGACGAGGCCAUACAUGUCACAAGUGAAGGAAAGAAAGUAACGACAUGGAGACCUUGCUUCUGGAAUGGAGUGAAGCGACCUUGUUAUUUGUUUGCCAGAAAGUUUAACCCAGACACUUUAGAUAAAUUAUUGUACCAUUUUUCAAAUUAUACGACAAAUUAGAGAUAUUAAUACACCUGCAUUUCUUUAUAUGCAUUUCUUUAUAUACUGAAAAGUAGUAGAUUAGUAUUCAUUUAUAGUGACCAAACCCUUUUUCUAUAUAUUUUUAUUAGUUUCUCCAUAAUGUAGAAUUCUUAAACGGGUGUGGUGUUUUAGUUUGUACAAAUGAAGUGGAUUGUGCACAAGUACUUUCAGAGCGAC